AACAAAAUGGCGACAAAUUUAAGGGUUUAUUUGACUCCAAUUCCUCUCUUGUUAUUAACUUAUUAUUUACUAUUUUCGGGAAAGAAAGCGACAAGAAGGAGCAUUGGGCAUAAAGGAAGAUACAAUGGGCUUGGAAAUAAUGAUCGAAAUCCUGAAUGUCCGGCUAAUUUUCAUUUAGUUGACGGGAGCUGUGUUAGAUGUCCCAGAGGUGAAUUCAGUUUUCAAGGUUGGAUAGCUUGUUUGCAGUGGCUAAACUGUGCUAGUAUCGCUCUUGAUGUGAGGAUAAGACGCAGGAUUGGGAUCCCAGGUCAUCUAAAUGCUGUAAAAGAGGUAUAUCUCGCAGACUGGCAUGGAUAUGAUGUUGUUUAUAGCAGAUGUGCGAGUGAUGCUUAUUAUGAUGAUUGUCUGCAUGGAAUGAAAAUGGUGGAGGGCCUUCAAGGAAGUGAAUUCGUUGUUCAGCUCAUUGGAAUUUGCUAUGGCGAAAGUCUCGAGGUGAGUACACCUGUAUCAAAAACGUAUGGCUAAAUCUUGGAACAAUUCAAUAAGAAUUCUCAUGAUCAAAGUACACGCAGCGGUAAGAGUUCUGCAUAGCCCUGGAAUACAUCAUUUUAUUGUGGACGCAGCAAUAUGGUGUAAAUUAAGACGUCACAUGUAAAAAUAAAAAAUAUGUGGGGCUUUGUGGAAAUCUUACUGGUAAAGUAUAUGAGAAGUUGUCCAUGUAGAACCUCUGCAGAUCUCAAAUCUGGAGACUCUCUCUUUUUCACCACCCCCCACCCCAGAAAUUUAAUGAACCCCACCCCCGAUCAAUAUGGGAAUGACUGAGGACAUUAUAUGAUGUCUUACACGAAGUACAAACUCUCAAAAUUUGUGAUCAUCGUUUUGAUGCCAGAAAUAAUCUUUGUCUGUGACUGAAUAGGUGCAAAAAUGCCCCAGAAACCGUACUACACAUAAGAAAAAUUCAAGUUUUGAGCUAAAAAUGGUCUAAGUCUCAAACUAAGGCACAGAAAAGCUCAGCAGAUGAUUUUAUCUGAGAGAUAUGGUGACCUGUGCGGAAGACCGGGAGAUUGAUUUCGUAUCCGGGAGACUCCCGGAUGAGCCGGGAGAGUUGGCAUGUAUGCCUUCAAGAUUCUUCUCUUUCUAAGACAAAUUUUCUUGGCAAUUACUUUAUUUACAAUGUCUUCAUUUUUCAAAGAUACCAUUGUUCUCAUUAACAUUUCAGGGUCAACACUGUAGGAAGACCAAUUCUUUUACUCUAAAAGUAAAACCUGGGGCCCCUACUUUUACAUUGCAAAUGGCAUUUCCUAGUUGAUCUAAAGCAAAUACUUUUCAAAUUGUAGAAACUUCUUUUAGCUUUCAGUAGUUUUCCUGGAUUUUUAUUGUGCUCAGUGCUAAGAUGUACCAUCAGCAGCACACCUUUAUUCUGCUAUUUUUUGUCAGAUGGUGACAGGCUAUUACAAGCAUGGUUCUGCAGAGAGACUAAAUGAACUAUUAGAAAAACCGGUUCUCAGUGAAUUUAACACUUUAGAAACAAGGUUUCAACUGUGCGUAGAUUAUGUUCAAAUCCUCCAAUUUCUUCAUAAUAGUCCUCUUGGUGUGCGAGUAAUGUGUGACUCAAAUGACUUAACAAAGACAUUAUCUCAGUAUCUUGUUACCGAUGACUUUCACCUUGUUGUCAAUGAUUUGGAUGCCUUACCACAAGUGAGAGUUGAGGAGGGUAAAUUGAUCAAAUGUGGUCAUAGACAGCUGUUUGGUGAUUUUGUAGCUCCAGAACAGCUGUGGCCUUUUGGAGACUCGCGUCCUUUUAAUGACGAAGAAAUGCCCCCUUAUGAUGAGAGGAUUGAUAUCUGGAGAAUACCCAAUGUUGUAGACAAACUUCUUGGCCGAGUGCAGAACAGUAAUAAGGUGAGGCGACUUCUCCUGGGGAUUCAUGAGUCUUGUAAACAGGAAGACCCAGAUGAGAGGCCAACAGUUGGUGAAGUUCUUGAAAUGUUUAUAAGGGUACAAAAACUUGUGAAGUCUGGAUUCAAGGUAGAUUUGUAA